ACACACACAAAAUAAAAAGGUUACAGUCUUAUUGCGCAAGCACAAUAAACCCCAAAAAUGGCAUUAAUGGGAGACGAUGGACGCGGCUACGAGUUGGCGCGGAAGCUGGAAUGCCACGGCGUGUGGCGGUCUUGGCUUGGGGAUUCUCUCUACUCGACCUUCAUCCACUUUCUCUCUUCGCAGUCCUCGUGGGACGCCUUCAUGCGAGCCGACGACUCCAAGACCAAGACCCAGAUCCAGCUUCAGCUCCGUGCCCGUGCCCUCCUUUUCGACAAGGCCUCCGUCUCCCUUUUCCUCUGCCGUAGCAAUCAAUCCUCAUUGUCUGCCGCUAUCCCAAAGCUCAAUCCUAAUUAUUUGGAGUUGCAUGGUGAUGACGUUUAUUUCACUUUAGAAAAUGGCACACAAGAUGCGGAUCAGCUCCAACCAGCGGCUGUUUCCAAUACUACAUCAUCGAAGGGUCAAUCCAAAGCAUGUCUUGGUGCUGGAUCAAGGUUUAGUGAAGUAGAAGUUGAUGCUGUUUCCCAAAGGUUUAAGCCUGAAGAAUUGCCAGAAACAUGGUAUAGUCAGUUCUAUAAGAAAUACAGAGCAAGUAAAUCAUGUAAGUUAUCGUUUGGUGAUAGAGAGUCAGAAAAACGUACGCCUGAGCAGAUGCAUACAUAUCUUAGAGUUCUUGAGAAUCACAAGAGGAGGAGAAUAGCUUUUAAGGAAGAUAAGAACUUGAGUUUUGCCAAUCCCAUGUUGGAACGAUCAAACUUGGCUGUAGAUGACAGUAGUGCUGUUGAUGAAAUGCUAUUUUUCCCGGAAACAAUGUUUACCUUAAAUUGUGUCCCAGAUAGUGCAGUCUUGAGAACAACUGUACUGGAGAACAAUCAGAAAGUGGAGUUCAAUGGCGUUCUGGAUAACUUACCCCGGAUUAUGGCCAAAAGCCCUGUUAUCAAUCCUAUUAUGAUUGAGAGGCUUGGUAUCCGUCCGGAAUACUUAAACAUAGAUCAGGGAGGAAGUCAAAGUCGUGGAAAGCAUGGAUUUCAAGGGAACAGAAAACUUCUUGGUCAAGAACAAGCAUCACAGAUGUCGCAAAAGGUGGUUGCACGAUUACUAACAAGUGCGGGAUUUGAAGCUUCUUCUGAAGUUCCUUUGAAAGUUUUGGUGCAGUGUUUGAGUUGUCAUAUUGGUAAAUUAGGUCGUACUUUAAAACUCCUUGCUGAUAGUUACAGAAAACAGUGUUCAGCCAUGGAGUUACUGAAGAUGUUCCUUAAAACGGCUGGAUAUAGUAACCUUGGGACUUUAUCUGAGCUUGUAAAGGAUAAUACCAGGAAUAUUAUGCAACAAAGUCACUCCCAAGUACCAGGAAUGCAGUUACAGUUGCAAACACAGCAUCAAGCUCCAAUUCAGCAGCCUCAGCAGAUUUCAAGACAAAUGAAUCCACAGAUGCAGCAGGUGAACUAUCUAGCUUUGCAACAACAUCAGCAGCAGCAGCAGCAGUGGGAGAGGAUGAGAAGACAACAGAUGGCACCUCGUCCGGCCAUGAAUUCGAAUAUGAAUAUGGAAAAGGACAGACCUAUGGUGCAAGUGAAGAUGGAGAAUCCUUCUGAUUCUCCAAUGGAUAAUAAUGCCUUCACAUCAAUGAAUGCCAGACACCCACAGGUGCAUCAGUUGAGGCAGCAACAGCUUGCUGCAAUAUCUACCCUCCGUGCUCAUGCCAACAAUGCGUUUAGGCCAAAGAAUUCUCUUCAAAUUCCACAAAUCCAGACCUCGAACAUGGGAAUGGUUAGUGCUCAACCUGUGAAAGUUGAAGGCUUUCAGGAGUUGAUGGGUGGAGAUGCUUCUAUGAAGCAUGAUUCAGAGGAAAAUAAGCUAAUUUCUCCUCCAAAGUAAUAUGCAAUACCCCUUUCGACAAAAGGUUGCAAUCCUGUUUGGAUUCAAUAGGUACCCUAGUUCAUUUACCUCCCCUUAUGUACAUCAUUAAGACAUCUAGUAAGAUUAUUCGUGUAUAAUAUGAUUACUACUACCAACAAAUAGAAAGGCAAAUGUAACUUUGAUCUUUGAGCCUCUUUUCUGGGUGCGGAUAAAGAUGCACAUGCAAACAAGCAUAUACUUUUGAAAGCCGAGAUGCUUGAAUCGAGUGCUAUUUAAUGAAA